CGUACAUACGUUUUCGGUAUCAGUUUUGUAUCACAAACUUUAGAUAGCAAUACAUUCUUCAUCCUGCCAGCCUUUCUCAUCAGAUUGCCACCAUGCCUCAUAUCGAGCUCGAAUAUCCCAAACAGCCCUAUAGUACCGUCAAGCGCUAUAACAACCGCGCGUCCUAUGCCCUUCGCACAAUCCACACAAUUAUAAACACCAGCCCCAUCCUCCACGUCUCCUUCAACUCCCCCAGCUCAUCGUUCCCCGCCAUUCUCCCCAUGCUCGGGCAGAUGGGCUCCUUCGCCCGCCCCUCCGCCGACGAGGGCGACGUCCUCGACCUGUACCUGCACGGCUACGUCUCGUCCCGCAUGGUCAACACCUCGCGCCAGUCCUCGUCCGAGACCCCGGGCCUCCCCGUUUGCGUUGCGGCAUCUCACCUAGACGGCCUAGUCCUCGCGUUGACCCCCAAUUCACACAGCUACAACUACCGUUCAGCCGUGCUCUUCGGACACGCCUCCGUCGUCGAGGAUCCGGACGAGCGUCUGUACGCCAUGGAGCUCAUCACCGACGGCGUCGUGCCCGGUCGCUGGGAGAACUCCCGCGUGCCGCCCAACCGGGCCGAGAUGUCGUCGACGAGCGUGUUGAAGGUGAGGAUCGCGACGGGGAGUGCCAAAAUCCGUGAGGGCCCGCCGGGCGACGAGAGGCACGAUAAGGAGGACGGCGACGUUGUCGGGAGAGUGUGGACGGGCGUUGUACCGGUGUAUCAAACACUUGGGCAACCUGUCUCCGGACCUUACAACCGGGUGGACAACGUUCCCGGGUACUUGAAAAGGUUUGUGGAGCAUUCGAACGAGUCGGCGCGGGAGGUGGCUGUUGACUCGGCGACGAGAAAUGCGGUCAAGAAGCGCGAUGAGGAAGAGUAAGAGCGAGUGACACAUUGGAACUUGGCAAAGGUGACGGAGGAAACCCGUCUUUGAUCGCUUAGUAGAAUCACAGGUUCAGCGCGGGGACUGCAGCCUAUGGGCUCUUUUUUCUUUUCUCUUCUCUUUCUUCUUCUUGUUUGGAACCGAGCAGUAGUUGCGAGCGGAGUUGCCACUCUCGGUCCAAUGUAAUACACCACAGCGAUGAUCGCAGAUCUUGGGAUAUGUACAGACGCAGUCUCCUCCUAACGACAUUGCUUUUCCAUCCGACCCAUGUUCAUAGCGCCGCUUCCCUAGUACACAUACCAACA